AUGCGACGUCCCGGAGGACGGACGGAUAUGGUUACCACUAAAAAGGAGACAGCGAACAGCUUCCACACCAACGCCGUUGCCCCGUAUGGUGGAGGCGGGGGAGGAAUCACGAUUCAAAUUGUACUGCCGCCAUCAAAGUUCGCAGACUUCAAGGUCAUUUUUCUCGUGUUCUGGAAACUAUUGGCGCUCAUAACUGGCGUAGAAAAUGACGGAAUUGUCCGUCAUCGCGCCAUGAAGCAGGACAAACGAUCUGGCAGUUCCCUCGUGGGACACAAUGUGCUUGGUAGCGGAAAUGGAGGCGUGAAAAUGGGUUGUCCGACGAACGAGCCUGUGCCUACUCCACCUAUGUCGGGACCUGGCAUGACUGGUGGGCCAGCAUCUGUGCCUCUGAGCGGAACCCACAUGUCGGAUAUGUCCGGACUGGACAAUCCAGCUUCAGUUGGAUGUCCGAGUGCGUCGGGCUUGGUGAUCAAGGAAGAAAAAUUUAUAUAUAACGGCGAUGCCGUGUCUGACUGUGAUAACGCGAAGACGAUGGACAAGAAGAACGGAAAUCCCGACAUGAAACCGUCGCCCGCGAGUUGUGGCAAUGUCGGCUCGAGUACAAAUUCCAGUGCGAUGAGUGAUAUCAAGCCCAACAUCGGUGGUUACAUGAAUAACGGCGCGAAAAAGAGCGAAUUCGGCAUCUUAUCUGAUGUGAAGCCUAAUAUCGCCGACUCCAACAUCAACAUGGGACCUAUGUCAUCGAAUCUUGAUUGCGUGCUGAAUUCCAAUCAAAAUGAUCCGUCGGUACCACUGUCGGCGAUGUCGUCACUCGCAGCAGGUUGUUCCAUGGGUCCUGAGUUCGGCUCGCCGCAUGGGAUGGCACAGAAUUGUCACCCGGGCAAGAUGCCAGCUCCUGGGAUGGUUCCCAAUUUGGGCCCAAAUGUAGGAAAUCUUCCCGUACACCAGCAACCCCUUGCGAGCAAUCUAUUACCACCUGGUGGUCCCCAAGGGACUCCACAACAAGGCAAGGGGCAGCCGUGCACGCUCGAUGCCCAAUAUAUGCAGCAGCAAAGUCAGAUAUUUGUUUUUACGACCAAUAUGGCAAAUCAAGCUGCCGAAGCCGUUAUAAAAAAUCAAUUUCCGACCAUCAUAAACUAUCAUUGCAACCAGCCAGGAACCAAGAAGUUCCUAGAUAAAUAUCCGCUCAAGACGGCUCAAUUCAACAGACAGAAUCCAGCCCAUUGGCUCAACAGCUUAGCUCAGAUGAAGCAGGGAAAAAGUGUUGGCAAUGCGAAAGUAGUUCCCACCGGUCCUGGAAUGCCCCCGCGUCCUCCGAUGCCCGGUCCCACUCCUGGCCAAAUGACACAGGGCGGGAACGCUGCUCCUAUGUUUCCUGCUGAUUACCCGGGAGGGCCGCAAGGAGGCCCACCUGGUGGAAACAUGGGCCCAGGCCCUGGUCCCUGGAAUUUCCCUCCCGGAAUGGGAUCUCCAAUUGGUCCGGGUCAGCCCGCGGUGAUGGGAGGCCCAGGCAGUGGUACCUCACCGAAUCAAGGGAUGAUGAUGGCUACGCAAGGCAUGUCCCAGUCGCAGCCGUCCUUAACCGGUGUGAGAGUUCCGGAUGAAGUGUUGACGCCACAACAAAGACAACAUCGGGAAGAGCAGCUAGCCACCCUGCGAAAUCUUAGCAAAAUGUUGCUUCGUUCGGAUGGAGCAACAGGAACAUCUAAUACAGGCCCUGUCAAUACUCAGGCCGGAGGUCCUCCGACGUCCCAAAUGCAAGCGGUGGGACCACCAUGCAGUCCGAACUCCAUGUCUGCCAAUCCGCCGAUGGGUGCCGUAACACCAACAAAUAGCUGUGGAGCGUCGAUUCCGUCCAUGCCGCCAAUAUCAAUGCAAGGCCCUUCGCCGAAUGCGAUGGGCGGUCCACCGAUGCCGAUGGGCCGUGGAAUGGGACCUAGCCCUAUGGGCCCCAUGUCUAGCCCUAUGGGGCCAAACAUGCCGAGUCCAAUGGGUCCUGGUAUGAUGGGACCAGGAAAUAUGCCUGGACAUGGAAUGGUCAUGAGCCCUGGACCGAUGGGACCUCAACAACAACAACAACAACAAAAAAUGAUGAUGGGGCACAAUGGCCCAAUGCAGAUGGGUCCUGGCCCGAUGAUGGGUUCUGGACCAAACAUGCAGGGUUUCCCAAAUCAACAAGGCCCGAAUGGUCAUGGAAUUGCAGCGCAACUGGAGUGGCAAAAGUUGCAGCAAGAGUUUUACGAGGAUCGGCGUCGGAAAGGUCCUGGCCCGCCGAAUUCGGGUCCAGGUAUGCCCCCUAUGGCGGAAGGCAUGUUCGGGCGGCAGUUGCAGUCAUUCGUGCAACAGAAGCAGCAGCCACCUCUCUCGCAAGGUCCAAGUCCGACGACGUCAACACCGUCCUGCGGCGGUCCGCACAAGCUGGCAGGGUCGAAUCCGUCCACGCCUGGUGGCAACAGUUCCAACUCUUUCAAUACAAACUCGGGAAUUCCAGCUAGCCCCUUGCAGUCCGGCGUAAACUCUGGAAGCAAUGCCAAGUUGAAUAUGAAUUCCGAGCCAAAUCUAAUGCCUGUGCCCUCCCCUCAACAAAUCCAGUACUUGAACGCUUUCGAGGGUCAGGAAUUGACAAUUCAUAAGCAGCCCAAUACUUCGUUACGUGAUCCGGGUUCCGGCGACAUCUUGCCAGGGAUCAUGUCUCCUGGAAUGGGAGACGCAAAGGAUAUUCAGGACAACCCGGGUUCUAUAGGUUCGUCGGACAUGAGUGGGAUUGUUGCUAGUAUGGGCGUUACGAACACAUCACAGCAACCUUCUAAAUUUUCCGGACCGAACACGCCAAAUCCGAUGACGCCGAACCCGGACAUGCAACUGGGCGGUGGUCCGAUGAAGUGUGAGCCCGCCACCCCGGCAACUCCUAGUCAAGCUCCAAACUACCCCGUGCCAUCUCCGCACAGCGGAGGCCCGUCACAAACGCCAAACCCCGCAACACCUGGCUCGCAGUCCGUCGGCGGUCGGAAGACCCCAAGCAUGGGCAAUGGUGGUGGGUUCGGGAGUCCGGGUGGGCCGAUGGGACCGUCUGCUGUGGAUGCAUCUACAGCCUCGUCUGUGAUGGGUGCGCGGUUUCAGCCGCCACUGACCAGUGCCUCGAAUGGGUCGAAGCCACCCAACUUUCCUCAGUUGUCCCCAACGCAACGGAAGGGCGGUAUGGACCUGCCGCUAAACCCGAUGCAUCCGUCCGGCCCGCGGAGCAGUCCGAACAUGCCCGGGCUACAGAAAUCUGGCUUCGAUCCUAUUUCCUCUAUGGCUGACAUGACGCAGCAGCUCACAUCAGGCAGCUCCGCACCUUCGCCUAGCAUGAACAUGAACGUCAGCCUCAACAUGAUGCCUCACCAGGUUCAACAGCAAGUUCAAAUGCCUGUGUCUUCCUCAGCCCCCUCAAUGAUGUCGGGUUCUGGUGGUAUGGGAAUGCCGUGCAACUCCGGCGGUGUGAUGAUGAACGCGAUGAACAGUAACAACAUGUCCUGUUCAGGAAAUCCGAACAAUGUCCAAAUGGUAAACUUCCAAACAAACAUGCAAGAACAGCAGAAUAUGUCUAUGGGACCUGUCGGGCCUCAAACUGUGAACAACACCUACGUAAAUGCCACGAUGACCAUCCAGCAGAUGAAUAUCCAAAACAUGCAGGGUCCGAUGCCGCAGCAUUCUUAUGCAACUGGACCGAACAUGAACAUGGGAAUGAACAUGAACAUGAGUAUGGGAAUGGGGAUGAACAGUAUGGGACCGAAUAACCCGAACAAUUCAAUGAUGCAAAAUUCUCCUGGACCGAUGAUGCCGAACUCGCUCGGCCCUCCAAAACCCGGGUCUCCGGGUAUGAGCAAUAUGCUGGGACCACCAGGUCCACGUGGACCAGGGUUUCCCGGGGGUCCCAUGCCCCCAAGAAACCGCGGGCCUAUUCCCGGGCCAGGGCCCAGUCCGGGCAAUGCGCCGAUGAAUCAGAUGGCGCCUUAUCCCGGAGGAGCAAGUGUUCAUAUCAAAGCGAGUGCUCCAAACACCAUUCAGUACCUUCCUGCGCGACCACAGCCUGGUGGUGGCCCGAAUUGCCCUGGUGGCAUGAUACCGGGCAACGCCAACCCUCGUCCUAGUCUGGAGUUCUUGAACCGAUUCACCAACCCAAUGAACAAUCCGGACGGUAAAGUUCCCACGCAUAAUCUGCAGUAUUUUCCGAACUCACAGCCUCCGCCUAAUAGCGGGGGCAUGAGCGGACCCCCGAAUGCAAUGGGGCCGUCGAACGGGCCGAUGGGAGGUCCUAUGUCCAUGGGUGGCGGACCACCGAUGGGUGGAGGGCCUCCGAUGGUUGGUGGCCCACCAAUGGGCGGUGGACCACCUAUGGGUGGCCCGAUGGGUGGACCGAUGAACAUGGGUGGAAUGAAUGGUCCCGGUAUGGGCCCGAUGGGACAGCACCCGUCUCAGAUGGGUCCGCACCAUAUGGGACCUGGACCCAACGGACCUCCUAUGAUGGGCCCUGGACCUCCGCACAUGGGUGGCAUGAACGGACCGAUGGGUCAUGGGCCACCCAUGGGCAUGAGCGGCCCGAUGAACCCAAUGGGAGGUCCACCAAAUCAACCCAUGAUGGGCCCUCGUGGAUCAGGACCUGGCCCAGGCCCAAUGAUGAGUGGACAGUAUAACCAGCCGUCCGGCAUGUCCGGAGACUUCCCGAAUAAUCCGAAUCAGAUGAUGUACAACCCCAGAAUGAUGGGACCUGGACAGGGAGGGCCACCGCCGAUGGGACCCCAGAUGGGUGGCCCGGGCGCCGUCCCGCCGGGGGUUUCACCUGACGCGUCGCAACCUCUGCCUCCAUCAGGUGGAUCCUUCAAAGGAAGCUUCAUGGGCCCAACGACCACGGAUCCGAAUUACGCGCAGCAAUUCCACAACUUCCAGCAGCAACUUUAUGCGACGAACACAAACCGGAGUGGACCACCACCAGGCCCGCCACAAAUGGGACCUGCCCCUCAGCAGCAGCAGCAACCCGGUCCCUCAUUGUCAGCCAGCGGACCGAACUACUUCAGGCCUAAGUAAGAUCUUGUCCAGGUCGGAGUUGGUGUUGUUCCGUUCGGCUCAUUGGGUAGCCGACGACUCGCUUCAGUCACUUGUGAUCAGAAAUCUUCCUGAUGUCCUCAAGAAAGCGGAAGCGCGCGAAUGGAAUUUUCAAGUCGGAAGUCCAGCUACGUGCUUCGUCAGGUUUUGUUUUCUGCGUGAUUGAGACGCGUCGAUGAGCCAACUGGGAUUGUCGCGAAGAUCUCCUCUUAUCCAGGGCAGAUUAAAUUGCUACACACAAGACCGGAGAUCUGAGAGAUAAAUUUUGAGGAUAAAACCGUUAACUAUGACGUAAUUUUUUGUUUGUUGGACCUCUGCGGAAAUGUUUUGUGCUACGACGUUUUGGCUGGAUCAGAAAUUGUUCGCGGAGAAGUGUUGUAUUCGAUGGUGCUAACAUGACAAAUAUCACUCCGAAACUGUACACUUGGCGUUUGGAUGGCGCCAGAACUUGUUCACUCGCGGUCUUUCGUUGAAUUGUCUAAAUUUUAAACAUUGACGCUUUGAAUUUAUUGGCGUAUUACUCACAUGGAGAAAUCGAAGCCCUCGCAUUUUUUUGUAAUAUUUGGCAGUAAUGAGUGGCUGAAUUAGGUUCGCAAAGCGGUGACCUCUGUGUUCUGUUCUCUUAAAGCAUAUAUCUUUCCAUUGGCAGUCAGUCGAUACGUGGUAGUCAGUGGAGGAUCAAUCAUUUUUUUCACGUGAGAUCUCUGUGUAUCUUCUCAUUCGUAUCGCCCCGUUGGUUAGAGGUGUUCAUCUGGUUCAAUGGCUUAAGAAGAAGUCUCUGUGAUGGUUUUUAUUUUAAUUUUUUAACGCGUCCCUUGUUCAUGGGAAACAUGCACGCCGAAUUGAGCGCGGAAAGUUUGCCUUGGACUGCGGCGCGAACAGUUCCGGAGAGCUUGGCAGCAACGAUCAACUUCGAGUCUGAAGCAAUAAUUGGGAUUAACGUUCAAUCGUGCUGAUGGUGACGAGAUUUGCUUACCUCCGUCCUGUGCGCUAGAAUAAGAUUCAGGACGCCUUCGCGAAGCUUGAGGAACAAUCGAUCGGGGCCCGUGAGUCGUUCUUGUUUUGCUAAGCGGAUUGUUGCGUGCCGCCGGUGUUUUGCGAGUGAUGAGGCUUUUUGAUUUGGCAUGCAACGGAGCUCUUGCUUUUCUCUCUUUCAGAGGGCAAUAAAUUGAAGUGCCUAAGGAAUCGACUGCUGCAGGCGCGUCCGAGAAGUUUUUGGAGGUUUAUAUAAAAAGAAAAGAGGCCGUAAACUGUGUCCCGACAGCAGCAAUAAUUUGAAACGUGGAUGAAAAGUGAAGCGAACUUGUUUAUUUUUGAAUCCGAGAAGAACUCGUUUCCUGUCGGAUCUUUGGUCUACUGGCGACCUGAUGUGUUUUUUUAUGGAGGAUCUUUGCGUUUUGGAGAGGCUGGUGGCGAUUUUUGAUGUAGUCUCUUUUCUUUUUGUUCAUCCCACCGCAUCUCGUCGAGCGGAUGUCGGCAGGUACAUUUUUGGGAAUGUUGUGUGCAUUUGAAUGUAUUUUUCUCGUGGAUUGUUUCCGCCGUAGGAUGCCUUACCGGCCGAAUAUUUUUCUCCGCACUGUGAGAACGCGUUUUUUCAUAGUUGGAGAACCCGUCUUCUAUCCCGACGACCAUUCUGCAGUAUUUAUAUGGAUUGAUUGUAGACUUUGUAUAAAACCGAGAAGAAAGUUUAUCAUUUGAGAUUUUACACGGCAAUAAAAUCGGGUUUGUUUUACUGUGCA